UGGACAGUGAGAGAGAGAGACAGAGAAAAAGGUCUUCCUUUGCCAUUGGUUCACCCUCCAACGGCCGCCACUGCUGGCGCACCGCGGCCGGCGCACCGCGCUGAUCCGAUGGCAGGAGCCAGGUGCUUCUCCUGGUCUCCCAUGGGGUGCAGGGUCCAAGCACUUGGGCCAUCCUCCACUGCACUCUCUGGCCACAGCAGAGAGCUGGCCUGGAAGAGGCGCAACCGGGACAGAAUCCGGCGCCCCAACCGGGACUAGAACCCGGUGUGCUGGCGCCGCAAGGUGGAGGAUUAGCCUAGUGAGCCGCAGCGCCGGCCUGAUCUUAGUGCUUUUUAAGCACAAGAGUCUUUUGUUUGCCAGUGGAAAUUUCAGGAUUAGCAAGAGAAGCUAGAUUUUAGACACCACAGCCCGCUUGGUGGUUCUUAUUAAGUCUAGAUUCAUUUAAACAAAAUAAAAUAAUAACAGCUAUAAUAGGCUUCAUUGUAAUCAACUGAAAGUAUUUUUUAAUGUGAUCCUUAGCUGUAAAUGGAAGCCCUGUUCCCACGUCAGUACUUACUCACUGCUGAAAGAACUCCUAACAAAACUCCCCUUCUACAUGUAACACAGCUCUGAGUGCCCCAGCCAUCCCCACGCUGCUCGGGGCUAUUAAAGCCGGGUGAAUCUGUUACCUCAUAGUCGCUCGGGCUCUGAUUCACAGCUUCCACCAAUGGGAUGGCGGCGCCGGUCUACUGCAUUCAUUCAUUUAUCUUAGGGCAUCUUCUCUUGGUUAAAGGCCACAACAAGUCCUUUGGCAUUUGCUUGAGCAUUAGAUUGUGUUUAGCCACUGAAAUUUUUAAAAAUUGCCCUUAAGAAGACAUAAAUAUACAGCAACACAUGUAAAACCGGCUCAGCCUCCUCAGUACUCAUUUUUCCUUUUUUCAUCUCCCAUUAAAUAAGCACAUUGAUUGGCUUAAUAAAGAUGGCUGUGGUUUUUGGAGGAUCCGUGCCUCUGCAGAUGGUUCCAAUCCCUUGUUUCACCGGGUUUCUGUGUCGAUGGAGGGAACUGACGCAUUCAGUAGGCUCCCAAGAAGUACUGCUUCCAGGGUGGGAUCUGUGGCACAGUGGGUUAAGCCACUGCGUGGGACACCAUACCUCAUGUUUGAAUGCUUGGUUUGAGUCUCAGCCCUGUUGUUUCUGAUCCAACUUCCAGCUAAUGCACCUGAUGACCCAAAUACUUGGAUCUCUGGCAAGAAGGAGAUGGAGUUUCAGGCUCCUGGCUAUGGUCUGGCCCAGCCCUAGCUGUUGCACUCAUCUGGGGAGUAAACCAACAGAUAGAAGAUCUUUUCCUCUCUCUCUCUCUCUCUCUCUCUCUUUCUCUCUCUCUCUGUCAUUCUGCCUUUCAGAUAAACCUUAAGGAAAAAAAAUAGUACGAUCCCUUUGGGGGUUGCCAGAUUUAAAAAUAAAUUCAAAAAAAAAUAUAGGCCACCCUGUUAACUUCAAAUUUCACAUGAACAAUAAAGGCUUUUUUUAAGUAUAAAUAGACACCAAAUAUAGCACGGGACAGACUUAUUCUAAAAAUAGUUAUUGUACAAAAUUUAAAGCUAACCUGUAUUUUACCUGGUAACCUAAUUUUUCUCCCAUCUAACUUUCCGGCUUUUCUGAAAAGCCAGUUUCCCACUACUUUCCUCUCUAACAAUUUGCAUAAGGGAAUUGCGUGGAAUCUUUAGGGAAAUACUUUCCUUUUUUUUUUUUUCAUAGACCAUAAGAAUUUUCUGUAAUUUAGGUAGAGAUUUGAUCUGGCUAUCUAAAGUUUUUAGUAUUUGCAAAUGAAGAACCUUAAAAUCAAACCAAGAUGGAGUGACUUAAGCUAACGCUACUAAAAAUAAGAAGUCACCUUUGCCCCAAAUAAAAUUAAAAUUUAAAAAUUAUAGCCCUAAACUUUUUCCCCAGAGCUAAAAUUAGGUGCAGGUAUAAAAAUAAGGGACCCUAUGCUCAGCUAGCUGAGACACUUGUGCCUGGCUGUGCUAAGACCUAACCCAGUUUGUAUGCCUCCUAAUACUCAGAUAACCAUGUGGGAAGCGGGACGCUGCUCUCCCUCCAGGGGAACAAAGGGAGUGAGAUGUCGUCCCCCUCAGGGUGAACAAGAUGACGCUGACAGGGAAAGGAACUGCUGAAGAAGUAAACAACAAAAUGGUGAUGAGGUGCAUGCCUCCCAUGUGAUCCCGUAGCUGAUUGGAUAGAGGAUGCAUGCCUUUCACAUGAUCAGCUCACUGAUUGGGUAGAGGACGCAUGCCUUUCACAUGAUCAGCUCACGGAUUGGACAGAAGGCGCAUGCCUUUUACAUGAUCAGCUCACGGAUUGGUUGCUGCGGGUAUAUAAACCGUGUGGCUCUGUGCUGGGGGCGCUCUCUGGACUCCCGAGUUCAGGAGGCCCAUCUGCGCAGACGCCAAAUAAAUCCUCUUGCUUUUGCAUCAGCCGGUCUGGAUUCUGAGUCUUUGGGGUGUGCCUCUCGAUGUGUUAGCAUCCUCACUCAGAGGGUCUAACAGCAAAUACAAAUCUUUUCCACACUCUGUAAUUCAGUGCCUGACACAUAAGGGUACUCAGUGAAUAGUUAUCAACUGAAGUGAAGGAAUGAGAGCCUGGAUAGACGUGAUCUGGAUGUGCUGAGAUGGGUAGUGUGAUUUCAGCUAACGUGAUCAAUUGUUGUUGGAGUGAGACAAGAAAGAUUAAAGAUCAGAAAAACCCAAUAAAGAGGGGUGCAGUAGACUUAAUAAUGGUCCCAGAAGAUGUCUAUAUGCAUCUCUACUUGUCGUGGCAGUAGAUAUGAUUUUUUAAAAGAUUUUUACUUAUUGGGGCCAGUGCUGUGGCGCAACAGGUUAAUGCCCGGGCCUGAAGUGCUGGCAUUCCAUAUUUAUUUAUUUGAGAGGCAGAGUUACAGACAGAGAGAGGUAGAGACACAGAAAGAGAGGUCUUCUAACUGCUGGUUCACUCCCCAAAUGGCCACAAUGGCUGGAGCUGAGCCGAUUUGAAGUCAGGAGCCAGGAGUUUCUUCCAGGUCUCCCAUGCAGGUGCAGGGGCCCAAGUGCUUGGGCCAUUGCCUACUGCUUUUCCAGGCCAUAGCAGAGAGAUGGAUUGGAAGAGGAACAGCCGGGUCUCGAACCGGCAUCCAUUUGGGAUGCAGCCGCUGCAGGUGGGGGAUUAACCUACUGUGCCACAGCGCCAGCCCCGGCAGUAGGUAUGAUUAAGGCAAGGAUCUUGGGGUGUGAAGAUGAUCUGGGAUUAUCCACAUGAGCCUAAUGUAAUCACAGAGAGGCUGGAAGGUGAUCGCUGCUGACCUGGAAGAUGGAGGACGGCACCAAGGAAUGCAGGGGGCAUCUAGAAACCCGACAAGGUAAGGAAAUCCAUUCUAUCCUAGGACCUCUAGAUGGAGCACACCCAUGCACACUCACAACUUUUAUUUAUUAUUUCACACUCACACACACAGAGAACUUUCAGUCUCUGGGUCACUCCCCAGAUGCCUGCAAGGCCAAAACCUGGAGCUGUGAACUCAAUGCUGGCCUCCCAUGUGGGUGGCAGUGGCAGGGACCCAGGUAGGCCAUCACCUGCCGCCUCCCAGGGUGUGCAUUAGCAGGAAUCCUGGAAUCAGAAGCAGAGCCAGGACUUGAACCCAGGCACUCUGAUAUGGGAUGCAGGUGUCUCAGCUAAAAGCUUAACCACUAGGCCAGACAAAUGCCCUCAUCUUAGAUUUCUGACCUCCAAAACUUUAAGACAACAAUUGUGUGCUGUCUAAGCUACUGGAUUUGUGGCAAUUUGAAUAUGAGAGGGAAAUGAGUACUAAGCAAGGAAAGGUGUCUUGGUGAGCUAGGCGCUUGCCUACCCGAGCAAAGUCUCACAGAAAGCUUAACUUGGCACCAGUAACAAGAAUAAAGAAACAUGAGGGGUAGAAAUUGGCAAACAGGUAAGUAAAAAGGGCAAAAGAACAUAGAAAUUAGCCAAUUCCCAAGAAUGGAAGAGAAUGAUUGUCUUAGUUUGCUGGGGCUGCUCUAACAAAGCACCAGACUAAGUAGCUUAAACUAUGGAAAUUUGUUUUCUCGCCAGAGCUAGAGGCUAAAGGUCAAAGAUUAAGGUGUGCACUGGGCUGGUUUCAUUCUGAGGUCUCUCUCCUGGGCCUGCAGAUAGCUUCCUCCUUCCUGUGCCUUCACAUGGCCUGUCCUCUGUGCAAAGAUCCCUUCUCUCUCUCUCUCUCUCUCUCUCUCUCUCUCUCCCAACUUUAAGAGAGAGAGAAAAGAGAGAAUCUCUCUGCCAGUUUACUCCCCAAAUGCUGAAAGCCAGGACCUCAAUCCAGACCAGCUAUAAGGGUGGCAGGAACCCAAUUAUUUGAGCCAUCAUUGCUGCCUCCCAGGGUCUGCAUUAGCAGGAAGCUGGAGGGAGGAGACAGAGUUGGGAAUUGAACCCAGGCACUCUGAUAUAAGACACAAGCAUCUUAACCUCUAGGAUAAAUGCCUGAACCCUGAUGUCUCUUCAAACGUCCAAAUUUCCUGUUUUUUUUGUUUGUUUGUUUGUUUGUUUGUUUUUGACAGGCAGAGUGGACAGUGAGAGAGAGAGACAGAGAAAAAGGUCUUCCUUUUGCCAUUGGUUCACCCUCCAAUGGCUGCCCAUGGCAGGAGCCAGGUGCUUCUCCUGGUCUCCCAUGGGGUGCAGGGCCCAAGCACUUGGGCCAUCCUCCACUGCACUCCUUGGCCACAGCAGAGAGCUAGCCUGGAAGAGGGGCAACCAGGACAGAAUCCAGCGCCCCGACCGGGACUAGAACCCGGUGUGCCGGCGCCGCUAGGUGGAGAAUUAGCCUAUUGAGCCACGGCGCCGGCCCAAAUUUCCUGUUCUUAUACCAAUACAAGACAGACAGGAUUGGAGUCCAACCUAAAGGCAUCAUUUAAAAAAAUUAUUUAAGGUAUACAAGUUUCGUGUAUUUCAGAUAUACGGAUUUAGGGACAUAGUGAUAGUUGCCAUCCUACCCUCAUUUUUAUGUCAUUACUCCUUUAAAGGCUCUAUCUCCAAAUACAGUCACAUUCUGAGUUAUAGGGGGUUAGGGUUCGAUGCAGGAAUUUUGAAGAGACACAAUUCAGCCUACAACAACAGAACUGAUAAAUUUAGGGACAGUCUACAAAAUCACAGAUAAAAGUUACAUAGCCUGCCUAUUGGAGACCAAGGCGACGUGACCAGUUCAAAGCCGUGUAGGGAGACCCAGGACUGGAUGGAUCAGUGGCAAUAAUUUCAGCGAGGCCUGAAGAUUAGGUAGAAGCAUUACAUCAGGCGAUAGGAGUACACGUGUGCUAUUUCCUUGUUUUGGUCAAUGCACUAUGGUUAUGUAAGAUGUCAAUAUUUGGGGAUGCUUGGAUGAAGAGUAUAUGGGAACACUUUGUACUAUUUUUUGCAACUUUUUUCCCACGUCUGGAAUUCUUUCAAGAUUAAAAUUUUAACAUUUUUAAAAUUAGGUAAAAUAGAGCAAGUGAAUUGAGAGGAGCGAGAGAGGGAGGGAAAGAAUGGGAUUAGAUUGUAGAGGAAGAAAUAAAGGCAGAAAACAGAAAAACGGGUCCCAUGAGGUCAGAGAUUGUAUCUGGGUUCCCCAUGACCUCUGCUUCUGGGACAGUGCCCGGGAGGUCAGCAUAGGCUUUGGGAAGCUCGGGUCACAGAGAUGAUACGGGAGGGCUGGAAGGCAGUAAGCACAUCAGGCCUCACCUCACAUCCAGGAGGGACCUCCAGUGUUAACUUCUGCCGUUUUCUACAAACCAAGUUACACAAUCACUGUAUUGUGCGAUGAAAGCAGGACUUACCUGCAUGCAAACGUUUAAAAACGCUGCCAUUCAGGUAACUGUGCUUUGGUAUCCCCUCGCUUUUUUCCUUUCAUUUAUUUUUUUUUUUUUUGGAGAUAUAAUUCACAUGCCAUGAAAUUCAUUUUAUAUUCAAUGAUAUCAUUCACAAAGUCGUGAAACCAGCACCACUCUCAAGUUAUAAAAUGUUUGCAUCAUUCCAAAAAAAAAAAAAAAAAAAAAACAAAAAAAAAAACACACCCUGCUCAGUCAUUUUGUGUUUCUGCAUCGCCCAGCCCCCUAUCACUAAUCUGCCUUCUGUCUCUAUAGAUUUGCCUAUUCUGGGCAAUUUCGUGUGAAGGGAUCCGUGCAUCUUAUGGACCAGGCGUAUUUCAAACGCUGAGCUUGGACGCCGGAUUGGACGCGCGGGUCGGGUGUGCUCAGGGAGCUCAACCGCUCUGCAGCGUCUGGACUCGGCAGGUGCAGGCGGCUGCGGGGCCGCGGCGGGUAGGGGCGGCGGCGGGCGUGGCCCAGACCGCGGGCUGGGCGGUCGUUCCGGACGCCCACGGCGCGGGCAUGGCGGGCUGGUGGCGGGCGCUGGCGCGCGCGGCCCAACGCCACCCGUGGCCCACCAACGUGCUGCUCUACGCCGGCCUCUACUCUUCCGGCGACGCGCUGCAGCAGCAGCUACGGGGCGGCCCUGCGGACUGGCGCCAGACGCGGCGCGUGGCCACCCUGGCCGUAACCUUCCACGCCAACUUCAACUACGUGUGGCUGCGCCUGUUGGAACGCGCGCUGCCGGGCCGCGCGCCGCGCACCGUCUUGGCUAAGGUGCUGUGCGACCAGACGUUCGGCGGACCCGUGGCCCUCUCGGCUUUCUACAUCGACUGGUCUGAUGUACUGGCCCCUGGUCCAGCUGACCAACUUUGGCCUCGUUCCUGUUCACUGGAGAACAGCUUACACUGGACUCUGUGGCUUCCUCUGGGCCACCUUCCUUUGCUUCUCUCAGCAGAGUGGUGACGGCACACUGCGGUCGGCUUUCACUCUCCUUCGCAGAAAGGAAGCUGGGGCAGUUGAGAGGCCCCCGGAGAAGUAAGGGGUCAACAGCUCCCUUAAAGUGACCACAUUUUGUUUUUCUAAAAUGUACUGGGUGGCCUGUGGAGAACAUACUUGACUUCCCAGUUGUGUGCUGCAUUUUGAAGAAUUACUAUUCCACAGGCUCACUUGCUUUUUAAUUACCAAUGAUUAUUUACAUUUAUUCAAACCCUUCCCCUCUUCCAGUCUGAAAGUCUUACUUCCUGAAUAUUUUCACUUCUCUAAUAUUUUGAUUAAUAGUAACAGUGGCAGAUGUCCAUUUUAGAAUAAUUAAUAUUUAUACUCAUAUUGUGAUUCCAAUUGAUUUCAGGAACUCCACUUUUGAUUGUUUACUUCUGUAUUUUAAAACCUCAGGCUAUCUUCUUAACGCUUUUGGGUCAGAUUACCCUUUGUACCAAAAAUAAUCCUUAAAAUACAUUUCUACUUACAAACAACUCAGUCAAUGAGAAGACUGAAUAAUUUGAUCCUUCCCAUACCAUAUACUAAUUUAUUGUUAUGCUGAUACUAAAAUACUAUAAGUACAUUUUUAUCAUCAAAACAGUAAGUGUUUUGUAAGUGUGUUCUGUAUAGAAUGUAUUUUAUCAGUGUCUCCUACUUUUAUAAUUUCUAAGCUAAGUACAUUUCAAUUGAUAAUUUUUGGUUUUGAGCCUUUUCAGUUGACUACAGCAUUCCAUUUUCAAGAUAUAUAAAAUAAUUCAGCUUCUUAAUGAAAUACACUGAAUGAAAAGUUCUAAAACACAAGUUUUCUUCCUCUGGAAGGAAGAACUCUCACCCAUAUGAUACCACGGAAGGUGGUCACCUCGCAUUUCACACCGAUAGUUAUCUUUAAAAUUCAGCACUUUAAUAUAAAUCUUUAUACUUUAAAGUAGACAUGAAAAACUUAAUUCAGUCUUUCAGAUUUAUUCAAUUUGUCUAACCUCAGGUUUAAAAAUUAUGUAUCUCAAGGAGUUUCAGCAAAUUAAGAAUUAUACCAUUCUGUUGUUUCCAAUGGUGUAUUUUCACAUGUUUUACAAUGUUGAGCACUUAACUGUUAAUUUAUCUCAAGAAUGUAUACUUGAGGCUAAUUUAAGAAUGUAUAUUAAAAUUUCUAUGCAUAUAUGAUUUUAAUGUUUAUAAAAAUCAUAAGUAUAUAAUUUAUCUGAAUUGAAUAGGUAUUAAUAUAUUUUAUAUUAGGACAAUAUAGAAAUAAGGAAAUUUCUAGGUGGUCUAAAUUGUAAAACAAUUUGUUUUUGCAUUAUUUUAAAAGCAGUUAAUAGAACAGAAAAGCUAUUUCAUGAUAGAUGAGGCAAAUACUUCAAAAGCUUAUCCAGGGUGAUUACAGGCAAGGUUUUAGAUGAGCUUCAACAUUACUUUUAUGAUGCAAGCCUUGGAAAAACAGACCUUGCUUAUACUGUCAAAAGGAAAAAAAGGAAAGCUUAAUGUUUACAAAAAUUACAGUAUGAUGGUCUUCACUAAUACUGUACUGUGCUAAUUCUGAAUUUUUGCAAAUAAUACACUUAAUUUUCAUGCAAUGGUAAUUUUGUGUUUUGGUGUAAAAAAUGGAACUUAUUCUAAAUACAAGCAUAUUUAACCACUUCAUGGAAAAAUGGAAUUAAAAGUCUAAGUUUAUUUGGGUGCAAAAAUAAUUUUGAAAUCUAUGCAUGAGUUUUUUAUAAUACACACUGACCACAUAUUAUUAAAUUUUUUUCAUCAAAAUAAACUAACACUUUUUUAAAAAAGAUUUAUUUAUUUAUUUGAAAGUCAGAGUUACACAAAGAAAGGAGAGGCAGAGAGAGAGAGAGAGAGGUCUUUCAUCCUCUGGUUCACUCCCCAAUUGGCCGCAAUGGCUGCAGCUACCCUGAUCUGAAGCCAGGAGCCAGGAUCUUCUUCUGGGUCUCCCACAUGGGUGCAGGGACCUAAGGACUUGGGCCAUCUUCUACUGUUUUCCCAGGCCAUAGCAGAGAGCUGGAUCAGAAGUGGAGCAGCCGGGCCAGCGCCGUGGCUCACUAGGCUAAUCCUCCACCUGUGGUGCUGGCACCCCGGGUUCUAGUCCCGGUUGGGGCGCCGGAUUCUGUCCCAGUUGCUCUCUUCUAGUCCAGGUCUCUGCUGUGGCCCGGGAAGGCAGUGGAGGAUGGCCCAAGUGCUUGGGCCCUGUACCCACAUGGGAGACCAGGAGGCCAUUUUGGGGGUGAACCAAUGGAAGGAAGAUCUUUCUCUCUGUCUCUCUCUCUCACUAACUCUGCCUGUAAAAAAAAAAGAAGUGGAGCAGCCAGGACCCAAACUGGCAUCCAUAUGGGAAGCCGGCACUGCAGGCGGCAGCUUUACCCAGUACGCCACAGUGCUGGCCCCUAAAUUCACACUUUUAAUCCCAGAUUCCACAGACUUUGAAGUACCCUCAAAAUACAGAGUAUGGCUGUUAUAAAAUUCUGCCAUCUUCAGUGAUACAUGCCCUAGACCUUCCAGGAUUUACAACUGGGCAGGCAGCGCCACUCUUUCUUCCAGUUCUCACCAUUCUCUAAGAUUUCUUCACACUUGGAUGUUGCCCCACCACGCUCUGGCCCCAGCUUGUUUAGGUAAAGGAUAAACCUAUAAUUUAUUUCCCUUAGCAGAGUCGAGAGAGACUGGAUUCUCAAAGUAACUUUACUUAAUACAAGCACAAAAAGUGAUACUGAAAACAUUGUAAAAAACAAACAACAAUAAUAACAAUGACAAAGCAGCUUACAGGAUACUGGUUGCUGAUCCUUUGUGGUUAGUUUGAAGUCAUGGAUCACUGACCCUGUUCUAGGUCCAGGCAUUUGGGGUGUUGGUCCUGCCGCUCUCAGGGCACCUCCUCCACAUUCUUUCUUUUGUGACUUUGUCAUGGUGUGACAGUGCCAUGGGACAUCCACCACCAGGAAGCAGACUGCCUGGCCCUGGCACCAGCACAAUCAAGAGAAAGCCAGGGUCUCAUCUUUUUGGACUGCUCUUCUCUAUGUCCAGUCUCCAAGGUACAUCUUGUCCUGGAUAACUGGAAAGUGAUUUUUCAAGUCAUGGGCAAUCUUCCCUUCUAUACAAAGGAUGCAACUACCCUUAUAAUCCGUCAGGGUAACCACAGCCAUUAAGGUAACCAUAAUCCUCAUGUAAAGAAGUCACAAAUGUUAUUAAAUGGCCAGUGUGUGCACCAAAUGAGGAUAAACACCGCAGUGAUAACAUUGUUAGGGAGUUCACUGACUAACUGAAAUGAUAGUUAAAACAAAAACAAAACCGGGGGCCAGCAUUGUGGUAUAGUGUUAAGCUGCCACCUAGGACGCUGGCAUUUCAUAUGAAUAGUGGUUCAAGUUCUGGCCACUCCUCUUCUGAUCCAGCUUCCUGCUAAUGUGCCUGGGAAAGCAGCAGAUGAUGGCCCAAGUGCUUGCGCUCCUGCACCUGUGUGGGAGACCUGUAUGAAGCUCCUGGCUUUGGCCUGGCCUAACCCUGCCAUUGUGGCCAUUUGGGGAGUGAACCAGCAGAUGGCAGAUCUGUCUCUGUCUCUGUCUCUCUGUCUAUCUCUCUCUGUAACUCUUCCUUUCAAAUAAAUUAAAAAAAAAAAAUCUUAAAACAGCAACAAAAAAAAACCCUGAUCAUCAGAUUAGGGACAUCUACUCCAACCCACCAUGCUUGAAUGACACUGGUGACAGGUGGCCAACAGAAAGCUUGACUACUGCUCUCUAAUAUGCUCAGCUUUAGCAGGUUAGUGACAUAAGCAGUAGGUACUUUGAAACCAUGGUGCCCUGGUAAUCUGGAGGAGAUUCUUGAGCCAUAUCUUGAAGGAUGGAAAGCACACGACUGUAAGGAUCUGAGAACAGGAGCAGUGGUGGUGGAAUGAGAUGAAAUCUGGAAGGAGAAAUACAGGAUGUGUACGUGCUGAUGGAGACAGGAAGUUUCCACUGACCAUUCCGCAGCACGUGCCUCUGCUCCUCUUACUUGUCAUUACAAAUCAUGGAACUUCAUUUGUAGGAAAAUUGAUAAACGUUAUUCUCUUUUAUCUGUAUCCUGGCUGGUUUUGUGACACAGAAUUAGGCAACUGGACAGUUUGCAUGUCUUUAAAAUUUUCACAUAACCAAGAGUGACAUGUGAAAAAAACCUUUUCUGUAAGACUUCCAUAUUUUUCUUAAAAUCCACUCAGUAAGGUGAUUCAGUGGACAAAUUGAUUCUUUGCCCACUAUACAGUCAGUGAAAUCUAGCAGUUAGGGAUUCAUACAAAUAAACGGUGCUUCAGAUAAAUUUAAUUAUUUGUGUCAAUACUGCUUGAGCAAGAAUGAGAAAACUGUUUAGUGAAUGAAAGGAAUCACAGAUAAUGAAAGUUAUAGUUCAAAGAGGAAAGCGUUCUCAUAUUCGAGUACUUCAUUAGCAACUAUAAUUUCAUGCUUUGAGGAAAAAUGUGUUCUGUUUCUUUCACAUUACAACUUAUAGGUAAAACAACUUUGGUAUUUGAGGUUGUAUCUAAAUAUGUCAGCAAUGUUAACUACAAUGAACCAAAUUAAAAGCACUUCGUCUGUUUAAUAGAGCUAGAGUAUGCAGAUUCACAAUUUCUAGCCUAUCCGUCAUUGCCAUGUACUUUAUUUGAUUACUGGUUUUCUUCCAAGGACCAUCAUCCUUUAGGAUCCAUUUGAAGCUAUCAAAAAAUAUUUUCUUGCUACACAUGCAAUCUACUUUUAGUUCAGUGGAAUUUUAUGUGAAUUUCUAUAGAGUAUUUGCAAAAACAAAUUCUAUCUAGGUCAUGCUUAACAUUAUAUUCUGGAGGCAGCUUUCAUUUGAAAUUAGGUUCAUCUUCUGAGAGUAUUAAAAAGUUAAUGGAUUUUUGUGCCUGAAGAUUUUGACCUCACAAUGGCUACAUUUAAUCUAGUUUUACCCAUAAGGCUUACAGUCCAAAGGAACUAAAUCAGUGAAAAUGCAAUUAAAACUACCGAAAAUCCUUUCUUUAAGACUGUUAACAUCUGAUAAAUAAAAAGAGAAAUCUGGGGUUUAAAGAUAAAGUAUGUGGGCGGGCUGUGUGACACAGCAGGCUAAGCCGCUGUCCCGUCCCUUAUCAGCGAGCGUGGCUGAAGUCCCAGCUGCUCUGCUUCCUGUCCAGCUUCCUGCUAAAGCAUCCUAGGAGGUAGCAAAUGAUGACUCAAGUACUUGGGCUCCUGCCACCCAUGUGGGAGAUGCGGGUGGAGUUCUGGACUAGACUGUUGGACAGUCACUCUCUUUAUAUUGUUCUGCCUUUCAAAUACAUUAAAAAGAAUAAACCCUUUUUUUAAAAAAAAAAAAAAAAAGCACUAUUUUGUAUAUGGGAGUAUUUAAAAAAGUUUCUGGAAAAACAAAAUUAUAAGACAAGUUUAAGGGCUGGCAUUAAGCUAUCACCUGCAACACCAGCAUCCUGUAUCCUUUUUUUUUUUUUUUUUUUAAAGGUAAGUUUAUUUUGAUGCAAAAUAACUUGAGAUCAGGGCCGGCACAGUGGCUCAAUAGGCUAAUCCUCUGCCUGUGGCGCCGGCACAUUGGGUUCUAGUCCCGGUCGGGGCGCCGGAUUCUGUCCCUGUUGCCCCUCUUCCAGGCCAGCUCUCUGCUGUGGCCUGGGAAGGCAGUGGAGGAUGGCCCAGGUGCUUGGGCCCUGCACCCGCAUGGGAGACCAGGAGGAAGUGCCUGGCUCCUGGCUUCGGAUCAGCGCGGUGCGCUGGCCGCAGCGGCCAUUGGAGAGUGAACCAAUGGCAAGAGGAAGACCUUUCUCUCUGUCUCUCUCUCUCACUGUCCACUCUGCCUGUCAAAAAAUAAUAAUAAUAAUAAUGAUUUAAGAUCAACAAGUUGUUUUCAUAUUAUGCAUUUUCCAUGGUGGUUUUUUUAAUUAAUUUAUUUAUUUGAAAAUCAGAGUUACACAGAGAGAGGAGAGGCAGAGAGAGAGAGGUCUUCCAUCCGCUGGUUCACUCCCCAAUUGGCUGCAAUGGCCGGAGCUGCAUUGAUCAGAAGCCAUUAGCCAGGAGCUUCUUCCGGGUCUCCCAUGGGGGUGCAGGGGCCCAAGGAUUUGGGCCAUCUUGUACUGCUUUCCCAGGCCACAGUAGAGAGCUGGAUCCCAAGUGGAACAGCCGGGACCAGAACCAGCGCCCAUAUGGGAUGCUGGCACUUCAAGCCAGGGCAUUAACCUACUGCACCACAGCACUGGCCUCCACGGCCCCCAUAGUGUUGUGCUUUUUAAAGAUUUUUAUUUAUUUAUUUGAAAGGCAGAGUGACAAAGAGAGACACAUGGAGAGAGAGAGAGAUCUGCCAUCCACUGAUUCACUCCCCAAAUGGCAGCCAGGUCCGAGCCAGAUGGAAGCUAGGAGCCAGGAACUCCAUCUUGGUCUCAAACAUGGGGACAGGGACCCUUGCACUUGGCCCAUCUUCUGCUGUCUUCCCCAGGUGCAUUAGCAGGGAGCUGGAUCUCAAGCCAAAUAGCUUAGACUCCAACCAGGCCCCCUGUGUGAAGGAAUUCUGUGCUUUUCUGAUUCUCUUCCCCUUUCUAAGUCUGUCUUUACUUACCUGAGUCUUUAUUCAUCCAUCUCUCUCCUGUUACUUUGUCAGUGCCCCCCAAGCCCAACCAAGCUCGGCUGUAACAGUCUGCUUUUUACUACUAAAAUGAGACGCCUGAUGCAGGUUACUUUACGAGGGAGAGUUCUGUGCUGGAGGCACAAGCUCUAGGCACUGCAUCUGGCGAUGGAGUUUCUGCUGGCAGAGUUCCAAGGCAACGCAGGGCAUCAUGUGGCAGGAAAAAGGGAGUGUGUGUGCACACGUGUGUGUUUGGUCUUUCUCCCUCUUCUUACAAAGCCACCAUAAUCCAAUAAUGGGGACUUUGCCCUAAUGAUUUUAUCUAAACCUAAUCAUUUUCCAAAUGCCCUCACCUCCAGCCACCACAGCUGAAUUAAAUUUCUACCUUAAUUUCUCCUGAUGGGGGGAUUAAAUUUCCACACAUGAACUUUUGGGGGACACAUCAAAGUAGCCAAACCACAGCACCCCUUUUUUCCGCCCCUCCUCUCCUGCCUGUACUCACACCAACCAAAUGCUCCAGGAAGACAGUGACUAGAAUGAAGUAAGGGCUCACUACAUGUGUACUGUACUUAAGUGACAGCCAUUCGUUAGCAAGGAUGGUGGUAGAAUCCCCGCUCUGGUCUCUGCAAGAAAAACAAGCAAGAAGGAUGAAUUCUCAGAAUUUUUUUUUUUCUGGUGAGAGGCAGACAGAGAUAAUAGAAAAGAGAGCGCCUGUCCUUUGGUUCACUCCCAAAUGCCUGCAAGGGUCAAGGCUAGGUUGGAUUGGGCUGGGCUGAAGCCAAGAGCUGAGAACCCAUUCUCCUAUGUGGGUGGUAAGAACCCAAGCACCUGAGCUGUCCCUGCUGCCUCCCAGGGUGUGCCUGAACAGGAAGAUGGAAACAGAGCUGGUUGAACCCAGGCACUUGAUAUGGGAUGCUAGACCACAGCACCCCUGCAGCCCUAGGAAUAAUUUUGAAGUGAGUAAACCUUAGAUGCUCCGUCUUUUCUGACACCUUCUCCUUCCUCUGGGUGUUCUUUCUCUCCAUUCUCAAAAUGGCUAUGGCUUUGUAUCUCCCAAAUUAGCUCUCCCUUCUUUUCUUAGCUUCUCAAAACUCAUUUUCUUUAUCUGGCUGAUUUCAGCUAGGUGUUAGAAAAGCAGGCUUAUUAAACUGAUUUACUGAGAUGUGGAGGCUGACCUUUUUAGUUGAGAAUUUUUUGAAAAAUUAAAAUUAAUAAUAGAAACUUAUCUUUGGAUGAAUUUUUGGGAACUGUUUCUGGGGGUGGGGAGACUGGGGUGUGUUUUUGGACAAAGACUUCUGAUACACUGUACAUUAUGCUGCCUACUUCCCUUUGGAUUAAAAUCAGUAUGGCAAGGAUCUUUGCCACGUCUGAAUAAUGCCAUUGCAGUAUUUGCAAUGGGAAGUUCCAUCUGUCCAUUUUCUAAUACUUCUAUCAGUGUCCUGGUUUUCUGAGCCAUGAGCCCAGAAUGCUGUCUUCAUAUUUUAGGUACCCGGUGUUCUAGAAGCAACCAGUGUUGCUUCAUUCUUAAGUUUUAAUUAUCUGUGUAUCAUGUAUGUUAAAAUUUUGAAAUAAUGUGACAAUGUAUAUGAAAAAUAAAUGAAUUUUAAUUAAGUAUAGCAAA